CCCCAAAGACCCUUCAUACGCCUCCUCUGACAGGGGUUCGCUCCGUUUGACUUCUUGUUCUCAUCACUUAGUGCCUUCCUCAGGACAGCAAAGGGACCUCUGGUCCAACUCUCGUCACUCAAUCCGCCCGUUCCGGUUGUCUUCGCGAACUUCCGCUGUUCGCCCUCUGUCUUACCACCUAACCCCCUAGCAGCCUUGCGCAAACGACCAGUUCCACCAACAUGGCUCUAUGAGCCAUCAUGAGUCCUCUUAAUGAUGCUACAGACAUGUGCUAGCCUCAUAGUCGUUAUCGAUUCCUAAAGCAAUAAUCUAUCUUGCGCCUGUCUGAUCAAUCUUCAUCGAUUCUCUCAUCCGUCACCUUGCCCAGGUUGUUCGGGGCUCAACCAGUAGCACAAUGACACACAGCUUCGAGAAGUCCGUGAAAGGGGCCACCAAGCCCAAGCUUGCGGCCCCCAAGUCCAAAUACAUCGAACACAUUCUGUUAGCGACGCAGACGGGUGAGGCUGGAGUAGGGGAGGUAUUUCGCACACUGCAGUACCGGCUUAUGGAUUCCACAUGGACGAUAGUGUUCAAGGCACUCAUUGUCAUCCAUCUCAUGAUACGCGAGGGGGUACUGGAUGCUACGCUACAGUACCUCGCGGAUAACCCGAGAAGGAUUGCCAUUAAUGGAUUAUCUGAUUUGCAGAUGCAGGGACAUAACAUUCGACGAUAUUCUGAUUACCUCACUUCGCGUGCCAAAGCCUUCGCGGACACCAAAACGGACUACGUUCGAAGUGGACCAGGCCGGUUAAAAAGGCUUUCAGUAGAAAAAGGUCUCUUGAGGGAAACAGAGGUUGUGCAAAAACAGAUCAGGGCGUUGCUACGAUGUGACCUCUUGACGGACGAGAUUGAAAAUGAGGUAACCUUGACAGCAUUCCGUCUGCUUACGCUGGACCUCUUGACGCUUUACUCUGUGAUGAACGAGGGCACGAUCAACGUCUUGGAGCAUUACUUCGAGAUGUCACGACCGGAUAGUGAACGAGCCCUACGAAUAUAUAAGACCUUCACAGCGCAGACGGAGGAAGUGGUGAAGUUUCUCGGAGUCGCUAGGCAUUUCGAGGCGGCAACUCGCCUCGAGAUCCCGAAUCUCAAGCAUGCCUCGACGGACCUGGCGCGCCUCCUUGAGGAUGACCUGAACGACCCCGAUUUCGAGCUACGUCGAAGAGAAUACCUCGCUGAAAAGGAAGCGAAGAAGAAAGGAGGUCGAGCACCUUCGUCUAGUAAUAGCACUGCAAACAAACUCGCCCUUGCGACCAAGCCUAUGCCGAGUCUACCGAAGACAGAGACCAAGACGGAAAGCAAGGCGCCUCCGGACUUAAUUGAUUUUUUCGAUUCCAUUGAACCACAACAGCCAGCGGCUCAGCAGCAGCAGUCUGUCAUGCAAUUCCAACAAGCCAGCAUUCAACAACAGCCAGCGUUCUAUGCCCCGCAGGUUGGCUUUCAGCAACAGCCCCAACAAACCGGGUUCGGCCAGCCAACGCCGAUGGGGACACCGUUCGCACCGCAGGGUAACAAUCCCUUUGGGCAACCGCAAGCUGUGCAGCCACUUCAGCAAACACCUACAGGGGCAGGAUUUGGGGGCUAUUCCCCACAGCCUCAGACGUAUGGGUUCCAAUCGAGUCUUGCUCCAAUUCCGCAGAAUGACGUUGCCGUAUUUCCCCAACAGCAGCAACAGCAACAGCAACCGAUACAACCUCAAUCGACAAACCCGUUCAGGCAGUCAAUGCUGGUACAAAGCCCAGCCGGGGCGGUCAAUCGUCACGAUACAAACCCGUUCGCGCGGCAUUCGCAGCAAUUGAAUACUGGCUCUCCUUCUGCUUUCUCGCCAGGUUCCAUGCAACAGAGCCAGGCAUUCCAACCACAACAACCUCAGCCUCUCCAGAUUCAACGGACAGGAACAAACCCGUUUUCGCGGAGCGCAUCUGUUCCUCCUCAACAGACACAGGGGCUGCAACCUCUCCAGCCCAACCCAACGGGGAGCACAAAUCCGUUCCGGAAAAGCACCUUUAUAAAUCAGCAGACCGGUCAGGGGUGGCAAGUCGGCGGUCAACAGGGAUCCAUGGGUGGCUUGGAGCAGCUGGAGACGGUGCCGGUGUUUCCACGGCCGGGCAUGGCUUAGAAACAGGGUGUAUUAUUUCUUUAAUCUAAUUUUGGGUGGCUAGCGGCCUUCGGUGAUUUUCCCGAGCGCUUGGCAACCAUGCUGGCCGGAUAUCCCAACCUCGUCGGGGAUUCUUCAGGAGGUGCAUGCAUGGAAGACUGGUUCGGGGGGGCGGGUAGCCGAAAUCCUAUUCCGCGUGGCCUGCUAGGCCUUGUGUACCUGUCAUAUUAUUUAUUAUUAUCUAUUGCGCAUAGUUGUUCUUAAUUUCGCGUCUGUUGUGAUCAUAUUUGCCACGCAUACACGGUGGUCCGAGGAUUCCGUUCUGGCGUUUUCUGGUGCUGGGCAGAGGAAACCUUGGACGCGUACAGAAAUAACAUCUGCAGCGAGCAGGAAGAAGGCCUCUGCAAUGCAUGCAGGCUUAGUGCUCCGUAAAUCUGCAGGAGUAGAGAGCAAUAAUAUGUAGGAAAUAAUAACAAUAAUGCAUGCC